UCCCGAAACUUGUAUUAUAGUUUGGGGAGAGCCAGGGAGAUAGACCUAUACAGUCGGUCAACCGAUGUGUCAAAGGAAGAAGAGAUAAUUUGAGGGUAAUUUAAGGGUUCAUCGCGGCCAAAUAACCAGAUGACCCGCGCACUCACCUAGUGAUACUCCGAUUGACGCCUUCGUACUCACUCCCGAAGGUGCAGUAAUUAAAGAUGAAGGCCAUAAUUGACAAUGUUGAGUGUCAAAGGGACUCACCAAGGUUUAGGCAAAUUUUGGAUGAAAAUGAGAAGGACUUGGAUAAUCUGGAGGUGAAAUUGGAGAAGGUGGUAAAGCAUUGCAAUCAGAUGGUGUUAGCUGGAAAGCAAUUCAACCAGGAGCAAGAGCAUUUGAUCCACAGCUUAUGGGACCUAGCUGGAUAUUUUGGAAAUGAUACAACUGUGCAGUCUGCACUCAAUCGUAUGCUGGCAGCUCUAGGGGAAGCUGCCAAAUAUCAUGCCAUACUUGUAGAUCAGGCAGCUCGUGCUAUUACCAAGAACUUAGCCAACUUUAUCAAGAAUGAACUGCGAAGUGUAAAGGAUCUGAGGCAUUACUUUGAAAAAGUGAGUGGUGACAUGGACAAUAUCCUGCAGAGAUCAUCUGGAGUAUCCAGGACACGUGCGCAUGAAGCAGAUGAGAUGAACAAUUUAGUGAUUGCCACAAGAAGGGCAUUUAGACACACUACUGUAGAUUAUGUCCAUGCAAUAUCUGUUGCGCAGGGGAAGAAGCGCUAUGAAGUGGUGGAUGCGCUUUUGUCGUACUUGAAAGCCUACAACACAUUUUAUCAUCAAGGGACAGAUCUAUGUGAUGAUCUCAAACCAUCUUUGGAUAAGAUCAGCCAAGAGGUAAGUGUGAUGAGAACCGAGGUAAAUGAAUUGGAGAAGAGUAUGGAAAACCGUCAUACAGAUGUGACUGACAAAGAUCUGGUGUAUUUGUCUGAUCAGCAUGAUGCAACCACACCUGUUGUCAUGCAUGGAUACCUUUUUAAGCGUACCACUAACGCAUUCAAGACUUGGAAUCGACGGUAUUUUACCCUGCAGAAUAAUCAACUGGUCUACCGAAAACGUUCAGGAAAUAGGAAGUCAGGCAGGAACUCAGGCGGAGGUAUACUACUGAAUAGUCGUAUCUCACAUGUGCACGGAGGAGAAGAAGUUACUGUAAUGGAAGAAGAUCUGAGAUUGUGUACAGUGAAGCCUGCUCAUGAGGUUGACAGGCGUUUUUGCUUUGAAGUCGUAUCCCCAAUGAAGUGUCACAUGCUACAAGCUGAGAGUGAGGAUAGCUAUCAGUCUUGGAUAUCAGCUUUACAACGUGGUAUUGGUCAGGCUUUACAGUUAAGCACUCCAGACAUGAACAGAGAUUAUCAACUAGACACUCCAGGGUCAUCUCCCUAUCCUGCAAAAGGUUCUUUAGUCCCAGGGACUCCUGGUGAUUCUUCAGCCUCCUCCUCUCCUGCUACUACUCCUCAGUCGGUUAAUGCUCACAAACCCCCGUUAUGGCAAGAAAUAAUGAGCAUUCCAGGCAAUGACAUUUGCUGUGAUUGUGGUGCUACGAACCCUCGGUGGGCUUCAAUUAACCUAGGAAUAACACUCUGCAUAGAGUGCUCUGGUAUUCACCGUAGUCUGGGCGUACACUACUCCAAGGUGCGGUCGUUAACGUUGGACGCUUGGGAGCCGGAGAUUAUUAAGGUGAUGUUAGAACUGGGCAAUAAAAUCAUCAACUCAAUAUACCUGGCAACAUAUUUGCCAGAGGAAACAGAUUCUUUAAAACCACUCAGACCUGACAGCCAAAGAUCAUUUCGAGAGGAAUGGAUUAAAGCCAAGUAUGUUGAACGAAAGUUUGUGAAGAAGCUGUCGACUUCAAUUUUAGAUGGGUCUUCCUCUCCCUCCUCUAAUUCACCAGAAAAGAAGCCCACUAAAAAGUAUUGGAGUAUAUUGCGGAGACGCAAACGUGUUCAUCGUAGGAGUAGGAACAUUGCUGAUCACACAAAUGAUGAUGAGUCUGCUAGUGAACCUGGAACUCCAGUUAAUCAUCCUGAAUCUCAGAUCAUACCUCAAAUUCAUAUAGAGCCUAACAGCCCUAUCACGGAUACCGGCGAAAAUAGCAAUAUAUUUUUAUUUGACAUUGCAAGACAUAGUAGUACAAGGAAUAGAAUAUCUCAAGAACUUGAUAAUAUGUCCCUGCCAAGUGACGACAAUUCAACUGAUGGGGAGCAUUCAGCAGAAUAUGUGACUGAAGAGUCAUUAUCAACGCUCAAUCCAGAUGUCCUACUAUUCCGUGCCUGUGAAGCUCAUAAUUUGCCCAUGAUGUGUCAGGGUUUGGCAUUGGGGGGAAAUAAGAAUUGGCAUAAUCCUGCUCAGAGUGGAAGAACACCCAUGCACCAGGCAGUUGAGAGUGGUUCCGUUAUGGCUUUAGAAUAUAUGCUUAUUAAUGGAUCUCGAGCAAGUGUUCAGGAUUCAGAAGGCCGAACGCCACUACAUCUUUCAGCACUUAAUUCUAAUAUUGGUCAGGUUUGUUUAUUACUAAAGCAUCGUGUUGAUCUAAACCAGACCGACAAUGAUGGCAAUAAGGCAAUAGAUUUAGCUUUAAAGAGCAGUGAACCUGAUGUUGUUACUCUGUUACGUGUGGCCAGCCUUAGUGAACACAUCGAUCGAGAUGGUGGAGGGGAAGAUAACAUGUUGACAGACUUCCUUAGAGAUUUCCAAGAGAAAAUAGUGAAUCAGGGUCACAAUCGCUCUCGUUCUGGCGAGGGUGCUCCACCACCAGAAAAUUAGGGAAGGAAUGAAGUUGCUCAUGCAGGUGUCCUCUGCCAUAAAUGAGAGGAUUCCGGGAAUUUUUGUAGAUAGCACUAUAGAUUACAUAUUAUUGUUUUUAUAUAUUUUCUUUGUCUCUCUCUCAUAUUAAGUUUUAUAAGUUUUCUGUUCUGCCUUUGUCCCAUCCUUUUCUUUUUCAUUGUGUAAUUCUCUCAGUAAUAUGAACAGUAGCAUUACUAUUGAAUUUUGUGAUAAAAUGGACGGAGAUAUUGUAAAAUAUUAGUGAUUUCAAAACGCAAAUUCCUUGGGGGAAGUAUAAGGAAUGUUAGAGCAAAAACCUACUUUUUCAAGUAAUUGAUUUAUGAAUUGAAUAUAUUAAAAAUUACAUUGGAAUUCAUUUUUGGUGUGGCAGAAAAUCAGUACAAGGUAGUAACACUUCCUCAUUGGUGUAACCAGGGAAUAAUUCACACACAUACUAUAGGAGAAUGCUAAAAAGCUGCAGCACAGUGAACCAUCAAAAGCCAUGGGUGACAGUUUUUGCACCUGCAGUUUUGUUUUCCAUUGUUAGGAUGAAAACCAGGUUCUUCACAUCUUGACUUUACAAAAUGGUUUAACCAGGCCAUGAAAUUGGAAUUCUUAACCAAGAUUCAGGCCUUAUCAAUAGGUCUAUAGCAUAAAAGCACAGUCCUUAUUAAGACUCAUUGACUUGAACAUAAUGAAUUAAGUUUAGAAUUUGUAAUCUCCACUGAUUCCAAAAGUGCAUGGAAAGCCAUUCAAAAUUAUUGCCCUAAAAUCACUACAUAUGUAAGAAGAGAAGCUUUCAUUCCAUAAGUUAAGCCCAUAAAAUUGUUGAAAUAUGUUAGAUCCCCGACUAUGUAUGCAUUAAGGGAAAUAAAGCUGCCUAUAAAACAGGUAGUGUUGCAGCUACUAUAAUUAGAUGACAUGUAUAUGCCCAUUCCUCUCAAGAGAUUCUGAACUAUCUGUAAACUAUAUCUUCAUAAAUGGCUUGCUUAAUGGUGUGGUGAAGAAGAUAACUAAACAAAUGUUGGAUUUGGUUCUUCCUUCUUCAAAGAACACCACAAUGAAGUAAUAUCUCGUCUUUAGAUUGGUCACACUUGUUUGACCCAUGGGGAUUUUCAGAUUGCUCACACUUGUUUAACAGAUGGGUAUUUAGUAACUCACAAAGUUCCUUGUUGGACAAGUGGAUUUCGCGCUCGGCUACCAAUCUGGUGGUCUGAAGUUCGUUUCUCGGCUCGGCCAACGCGGAACCAGAGGAAUUUAUUUCUGGUGAUAGAAAUUAAUUUCUCGAUCUGUGGUUCGGAUCCCACAAUAAGCUGUAGGUCUCGUUGCUAGGUAACCAGUUGGUUCCUAGCUACAUAAAUAAUAUCUUAUCCUUCGGGCCAGCCGUAGGAGAGCUGUUAAUCAGCUCAAUGAUCUGGUAAAACUAAGAUAUACUUAACUUAGCAACUCACAAGACCAUGUCAAUUGCAGAACACUUACAAUUGUAUGUAUCCUGUGUAAAGUUUUUAGUUUACAUAAUCAUCUUGUUUUUAAUGUGUAAUUCUUUAAAGAUUAAUUUAUCACGAACAAACCAUCAUCUACCUUUGUGAGAGUUAAGAAUAUUAAUGCAGUGGUUUGGUUAAACUUUAGCAAUUAAUGAUCAUUGUAAUCCAUUAAAUGCAUGGGUUUUUAAUAUUAUUGAUCUGACAUAUAGGAAUUAACAGUUUGCCUUUAUUAUUGUAGUUGCCUAAUUUUUGCAUUCUCAUAUGAUCUAUUUGAUUGUAGUUUAAACAGUAAUGAAUUUAGAAGAGGUACUUUAGCUUCUUGGCUUUUUUAUUUGAGGUAUUUAAUUCGACUGUCAGUGUUAACUUACACUAGAUGUAUCAGGAUGGAUUCCACAGGUUUUGUUAGCAUUUGGAUUAAUCUCAUAAUUUUUACAUUACUUACUAGUCACUUAGCAUAGAGUAGAGUUAGGAAGGGACAUGAAAACGACCCAAAACAAUUUUUUGUUCAAUAGAAGUUAAUGGUCAGCACUGGUUUUGCAAGUAUACAUUAUUAAUACAGUUUUGAAUUUUUUGCUUAAAUUAAGGUAAAUGAUCUGGCUUUUUCCAGAAUUUUCCUUUUCACAUGGUUUAUUAGUUUUAGAUGAGGCACAUGGAAUUUCUGGAAGAUUGGGUACAAGAUUGAAAUAUUGAUGUUUUGAUGAUAUUUCACCAUAAUUAAUGUUCUUUUCCAGAUUUUCAGACUUGAAGGUGAUAUAGGAUAACUUGAUUGCUGGAGAGGGAUAGAUAGUUUUGCAAAUUUUAUUAGGUAGAAUAAACCUAAACUUUUUACAUUUUUUCUCAAAAAGCCUUAUGGAACCAACUGAUUAAUGAAAGUGACAUGAAUUCCUAUUGAACAGGUAAAGAGAGGUUUGGUGUUGCUGUUCAGUACAUUUUCUGCCUGCCAAACAUUUUUUUUUUGGGGGGGAGCCUCACAACCCUUUUUUUUUUCUAUCAUUAUAGCUAGUCUGAAUUUUUUGAGAGAGUGCUUUUUAUUUAUUUGCUAAGGUUGUACUUCCGCUGUCAUUAACUUACAUUGUAGUUGUUUGGCAUAAGCAGUCUUUCUAUCAUGGACUUUAUUUAAUCUGGCCAUGUAAAAUGUAGACAUUGAGUUUUAGAUAUGCACAGUCCAUUCUUAUGUUUAUACAUUAAAUUUGUCUUGCUGUCCCAAGCAAGUUGUUGCAGUUAGAUGCAUUAGAAAAUGUUACACUCAACUUUUAUAAGUUUCUAAUUCAUGGAAAAUGACAACUUGAAUGUGUGUUUUCUGGCAGGUUUUGACAUUUCAGUUUAGAUAGUAUCAUAAACCUGAAGUAAAAUGUUCUUCCAGAGACCUUUUGAAAUUGGGUGGAUAGAUUAUAUAGAUUACACUAACUUUUCUUGAAUACAUUUCUUUGUAUAGUGUUUUAUAUAACAGUCAUUUUCAGGUUUGAAUCUACUUUCCUAUAAUUUUGUGAAUCUAAGUAAAAUGGUUUAAGUAUGUAUUUUGCUGAAAAAAGUUUUCAGCCAUUUAAAACUAAGUUUAUGUGCAGUAGGUGUGAAUUGGGCAGGUUUUUGAGAAUAGCAAGCAUUCUGGAGUUUUUUAUUUAAAUUAUUUUGUGCUGUGCUAUUAAAGUGUCAUCCUUGCCAAAGUAUGUCCCUUAGAAAGUGAUAGUCCAUAGGUCAGAACUUUCGAAGAAAGUAUCAAGUCUGUGAUUUUUUCGCUAAGGGUAUAGGGAAAAAAUAUAGUACUGUUUUCAGUGUAAGUACAAUGAAGUGAUUUGUAUCAGCAAUAGUAAGUGCUAAAAACAGGGCAAAAUGUUGAAUGGCAGUAGUAUAUUAAGUAUAACUAUUAUCAACUUAACUUUGGGCACUACACUUCACCAUUUUUAUAUGUAUAGGUUUGUAACCAUUCCUUGAGAAAUUCAAGGACAGCUCAGUAUGGAAACUUACUGUGGUCUUGGAUUCAGAGUAAUAUAGCUAUUUGUGGUUGUUAGAGUCUUGGAAGUUAAAAUUUUAGUAUAUGAUGAAAAGUUUAAUGUCUCAGUGCUCUAACUAAUAUCCAAGGUUUGAUGCACUGUACUUAAUUUCUGGUGAAUGUGUUUGUAAUGUAUUAGUGGCAAGUUUAGAAGAAAUACAUUGUAUUACAGUAGAAAUGUUAACAGGAAAUCCGAUCUUCAUAGUUUUAAUGUUUUAACGGAAAUGUGCCAUUUAAUUUAUAAACACAUGUCCUAGGUAUUAGAAAUGUGUAGGCAUAGAAAUACUUGAGGUAACAUAUGGACUUGCACUUUAUUGGCUUCUGGUGAGGUCAAGUUAAAAAAAAAUCUGUUUGUCUAACAUUACCAAAUAAUUGCUUAAUAUUUAGUUUGGAAGAACAGUGAGUUCUGGACUUAGUAACCAGUAGAUGGGAGAUAAUGGACUAUUCCUGCCAGUUGAUAGAAGUUCCUCCUAAAUACUUCAUUAGGGUAAGUUUUUCUAUUGUACAGAUAAUUUUAUCUUUUUGUUUAAAAUACCGUAUAUGUAUUAUAAAUGUAUAUUGUUCUGAUUUACAGAUUUUUUUUAUUUUGUUUGAAGGUCAUUUGGGAUUUAUGGAUUUUUUUGUGAAAUUAUCUGAUAAGGAGUACAUAAUUAGAAUGUUCAGUAAUACUGCAUCAUAGUUUCCAGUUGUAAGUUUUACACCUUGCCAGAAAGUAAAAAAAAAAAAUAAUAGAAAAUUCUCAAGUUUUUGUAGAAGAGAUUAAUUUUGCUUGUAAAUAUGGCAGCAAAAGUAUGACAUGCAUAAUAUUUUCAUACUCCACACUGUUUAUGUGCUCAUCAUUUCUUGUGGCCAGUGUUCCUGUUUUAUUGGUAACACUAGUGACAUGGAUUUCUCAAAUCUACAAGGGGUUCAAGCAUUCAAAUACAAUAGAUGUAAUGCGAAAAAUGUGUCACACUACCCGUCAUAUUUGUUUUUUAUUUUUCCAAGUUUUCCUGAAGCCAAGGCCUUUUAUUUUUAUUGGUUGAUUAUUUGUGCUUCUGCGGAAAAUGAUAAAUCGUGGGCUAUGUGAGUAAAAUUUUUAUGUUAAUUUUCAUAUGAAUUAGCUUUUCUUUCAGAUUUGAUAGCUUCUUUUUGUUAAGAGUGCUAGAUGUCAGGUUUAGUUGGUAUACAUACACCAUGUAUUAUUUUUCAGUAGUACAUGUUCUGCAGUUAAUUAUGAAGAUUUAUGCAAAGUAAAAUCCUCAUUAAAAUAUUGUUUUGGGCCAUCAGGCAAGUUAUAACAAGUGGAAAAAACUUGGUAGUGCAUUAUCAUGACAUGUUAUACAUGAACCAAUCAGCCAGUACUCAGUUUUCAUGUCUGUGAUGUCAACAUGGUUAUUUCAAAUUUACUUUGUGUGGUGUGCUUGCAAAAGUUGCAAAGGGAUCGUUGCAUUCCAAAGAUUUGAUCAUUUCAGUGCUGAGUUUGUAGCAUUUCUUAUAUGUUUUGUUGAUGGCAGUAAACCAUAAAGAUUGAAAGCUUAAACAGUGUUUUAGCAGGCAUAAAUGGUGGGAAAGAUACAAAACCAGAGGAACUAAAUUAUUUAAGUCUUUUAAAGUCCAGAAUAUUUGGGAGUGAUUAUUUCAAUGUUUGAUUUGCCUAAAGUAUUGACUAGAUUCAUUUGAUUAUCGAACCUCAGAUUCAGGUUCAUUCCUGUAUUAAAAACAUACAAAACACUAGGUAAAGAAAGUAUGUUGGGCUUACUUUAUGUUAAUGUGCGCUCGCAUGUUGAUUUAUUAGGUAAUUUGUAUAGUGUGGACAGUUACUGGUGGAUGGGUGGAAGCUAAUGAAUAUAAGAAUUUCAUAAGUUUUAAACUAAAUUUUUUACAUUUCAAAAUUUGGAAGUAUUGUCUUACAGAUCUGUUAGUUAGGUUCAUGUAAAACUCAUAAUUUGCCCAUAUUCAAUACCUGUACCACAUGAUUCACCUGCUACUCUGUAAAUGCUGUGGACAUGACACAACUGUUUGCCCAUACCCUUCUGGCAAAGUACUACACAGACAUUUUUAUCCAUAUGCUACAUGAAUUUGCCAUGAAGUUUAAAAUAACUUUUAUUAAAGUGCAUAAGUGUUUUUUUUUCUCUUUUUUUUUAAUAAUAAUGUUAAGGUCCCAGAACUUAAAAGAAAAUUAUUUCUCAUUCUAACAAUUUUGUCAAGUAAAUUAAAAUUUGAGAAGCCUAAUCUUUCGCCAUUUAGGUGCAUUUAAUUUUUAUACUAUCUUCUAACUGAAUACACAACAGUAGAAUCUCACAUCAGACUUGCUUGGAACCAAAUCUUUACUAGAAAUCCUUUCCCAAUUCUUAUACAGUAUUGCUUUGAAUACUAGCAGAUCUGGAAAGUAAAUAUAGGGAGAUAAAUUAGUAGGGUGCAUGAUUAUACAUGAAAAUAUGGCUGUAAGAAAACUCCUAAAUAUAUUAGAAGUGUAGAUUAUAUAUAUUAUAAUAAUAACAAAUAUCCAACUGAAAUUGUACUGUAAUAUCUUUUUGGUACAGGGAAUAGCUGAUAAUCACUUAUAAGUUGUGGCAUUUAAACAAAUUAUGGUAUUAUUUCUAUGGUCUCAAAAUUAGGUGGUGUUCGUUGGUCACCUCACCCAACUUUGAUUAAUAACCUUGUUAAUCUACAUAGAUUAUCAAGCUUCUUGGUCAACAUUUAGUAUUAUAAUCAUGACAGUUUUAUAUACCUAAAGCCAGCCAUUCUGGUAGACACAUGUAUUCUUAACUUAGCAAGAAAGUAUUUUUUAAUACAAAGCUUGCUAAACCACCUGGGACUUUUGAAUUGCUUGAAAAAUAUGUAGAAUUAAAACUUUAACAUGCUCAACUUGUUGGCUACUUAGCAUGAUACAAUCCUUCACUAUAGAGUUUGCAAUGCAGCAUCUUAAUUUUAACAAUUCACAGGGCUUCUUGCAAUAAGAAUUGCAAGAUAAAGUUAAAAGAAUUUCAAUCUCAUUCAGAAACUGACCAGUUGGGCAGCCUUAGUGAAGUGUGUCAAUUUCAGCUUGGAACAAGGUACUCAUACUUAAGAGGAGGCUUUAAUCAGUGUCAAAAAUUGUUUAUAGGAUACCUGCAACAGGCAUUAGUAAGGGCAAGCGAUAACUCCAGUGAUGACUUAGUUUUAAAGCAAGUGCCCACUUGUGAACAGUUUAUCAACAGACUUAAUUUACUUGUCUGUAAUGGAUUAUGAUGUAUAUACUGUAUAUAAGAUGUAUACUUGUAUGAAUAUUGUGAAUGUAUUUUACAUUUUUGGAAUGUAUAUAGGGUGCAGAAUGUUUUACUUUACAGAUUUUAAAUAUUUAGUGAUUAAAUUUUUUCAAGGGAAACAAGUACUAGUUAAGAGGUUUAUUAUAAAAUGAAUAAAUUUAACUUAACCUAGAAAUAUGCAGUACCAGUCCUGCUCAUGAAGUUUCUUGUGACAAUAUUGCUAAACUUAUUUAGCCUCGAACUUGAAUGCUUGCCUGCAAGUAAAUUGGUUAUGCAUUAGAAAACAUUUUUCCUGUGCUCUAAUAAUAUUGUAACCAGCAGGUUAGUUUCUUAUAGCUAGGUAUGUUGUUAUUCAGGUCUUUCCAUUAAAGUUUGUCAUCAAACUUAAGGGUGUAGUUGCAUUGUCUGGUGUUGGAGGUAGCUGUUUACUGGAAACUAUUUGAAUACAUAGUACUUAAAAACUAUAAUUCUUUUCUCUUGUGCCUUGGGUCUCUAGUUGUGACUGACUGCAAUGACAAGGGAUCUGUGAUGUUCUAUUACUUGCUGUAUUGCAAUUCAAUUUGUAAUUGUUUGACAAAAUGCCAAUUUUGUUAACCUCAAAAUGUUAUUGCAGUUAAAAAUUGCACGAGUUUAUAGCUAUUUUUCAGUGUGCCUCUCGCCAUUUUCAUAAAUUAGUUUAGCAAGACCACUGAGUAACAUUUCUGAACUCUCAUAGUACUCGCUUAAGUUCUCCAGAAAACAGGAAAUGUGUAUUUGGAACUGUACACAGAAAUGAGGUUUUUAGCGUUUCAGUUGUCUCAAGUCGUCAUCAGUGUGGCCACUGUUAAUUUAUAUGAACUUGCUGUUUAUUCAGUAGCAUAAAUUUUACCGUUCUAAGUCUUUGCGAUUAUGAAUUCGAAAAUAUAAAAUGCAACCUCCUUUAGAUAUAAUAGUCUUCUUUUGAGCAUUAUAAAUAGCAGAAAUAUUACUGUAGAAAAACUGAUCAUACAUACUAGUUUUUUUUUUAGUUAUACUAGGAUGUAGUCUGCAAGGCCUAGACUUUUAAGCUUAUUUGAACUAUGAGCACUCUUGGAUUUUUAUUUUUCACCAAAGAUUUGCAGUACAUAGAUUUAUACACUAACUCGAAUUUAGUGAAUGCUUUGAAGAAACAAAAUGCUCAACUCAUUGACUAAGUAAGAGCAUCCACUAUCUCUUUUCUCAUGUAGUUUAAGGACAUUCUAUGAAUUUGCAUAAAAUAUGCAAAUUUGUUUUUUCUUUGAAAUCAUAAUCCCUAGUAGGGUUGUAUGGGUUAUAUUUUCUUUAUGGUUGUAUUGGGACAAUUGCUGCCUAAUGUGCUGUAAAAAUUGGAAUUGAGAGAAAUAGUCAGCCUAAUGUAAAGAAACAAAAGCCUGUUCUCCCUCGAGAGCAUAUGCAUGGGGAUACUAGAGGAGUGCCCUAUUUGUUGUUUAAUGUAGGUACUAGGUCAGUGUACGGUAUCUUUAUUUUCUUAGGGUACAGCAUACACGAUAAGGCAGUAUACUCUGUUGUUAAUGUAACUUAACAAUCUUUAAAAAUUUUCUGCAGUUGUGUUAUAGCAUUCUCUUGCCUUUUGCCAUCGGGACUUGCAACACGAAGUGCUUUAAAAUUUUUUUGAUGGCCUUAUCAACUUUAUGAAAUAGAGCUCACUUCAUAAAACAUUAAAUGGUGUUGAAUUGCAAAAUGUAUAAGCCUUUUUUCCUUUACAAAAGGUGUUAACUGUGCAUAUGUAAGUUUUAUUUUACUUAGAUUACAAUGUAUAGUAAACAUUACAGACUGUGCAGUAAAUACUAUCGCUAUGUCACGAACACAACUGCAAUUUCAUCACACAUUUUCUUGGUGCCUCAUGCUAUAAGUGUUCUUGUGCCUGAGCUGCCUUGUUGGAUCAAGUUUUUUAUUUAUGAUUUUUACCAUUUUCUAUUAGUUUUUUCAGUUAUGAUAAUCUGCUUAUUGUUUCUACAGCUUUUGAAGUGGAGUACAUCAUAAUGUUGAGAAUAUUUUCCUUGAAUGUAUUUGAGGAAACUAUUUUUAGAAUUUCAAGCUUUUUAAAAUAAUGUGUUAACUAUAAUUACAGAAGGUUCUUAAUUAAACCUUUUUUAGGUAUGCAGAUGUAUAAAUAACAUUGCCUUCUAUUUUUUUCAGUAAAUGUUUUAAUCAUCUUUACAUUCCAGUGUCUGGAAAGUUCUAUUAAUUUGAAGCACUUGUAUUAGAAAUCUAUCCUACAAUCUAAAUACCCUCAAUGUCGAUCCAUACAAGGUUAAGGAUGUAAUUGACUUUAUAGAUUUGUGUACAGUAACGUGAAGGCUUGAUAUUUGCUUGGUUGAGUUUUGUAUAAAGAGAAAAUUUAUGCUAACUUUGUAUGCCAGCUAAAUAAAUGGUUAUAAUGUGCUGGUCACAUUUCUUUAAUUAUG